UCCCAAGAUUCUUUGUGCUUUACUUGGCGUACAUGAGGGACCGGUGAAAAUUCAAUUCAAUUCAUCGUGUGUGGGCAGGCGUGUUGAUUAUGUCAUAUCACAACGUAUCGUGUCAUGCUUGCGUCAAGUCACGGCGUGUCGCGUCGUCCCCUGUCGCAUCUGUACGAGGAGUCCUCGGUGCAUCGCGUCGUCUCGCGAUGUACCGCUCCGUCUCCUCUAAUCCUCUCACGGAACGGCGAGGAUGGCGAGGCGCAACUUGACAAGUCCGUUUGUGACGGGUUUCUUGGAUUCGUCGAUCGCGGCAACGGACAGUUAAUCGUCUCCAAGCCGGUCGGUUGUAUUAUCACUCCUUAACGCGAGGAAUGAAAGGGCCGUUCGUUCGAUUGCAAUUUUGCGCGGUAAAAGUCACUACGCGGUCUCGAAGAGAGAAAUGAAAACACAGGCGGGAAAUGUUCACUUGUUUGGCACCUAUUUGUUAGCGAGCAAUUGAUCUCUGUUCGCAGCUGGGCCACAGCCAUAGCAGAUUAUGUCGAGGCAAAGUGCGGAUUCUCCGAACGACACUGUGAACGAGGAGGAGGAAGAGGGGAUGAUCUUGCAGGAUCCUGUGAACAAUCCUGUUCUGGAGUGUCUGUCAGUUAUGAUCAAUGAUGACACUGGAAAGGAUACAAACCCAGUACAGGAACUUAUAUUGGAUGACAAGUUACUUGGUACAAUGGUGACUACGAUUACAUUACCUGAUGGAACUCAAGCUUUCAUCACAAAUAAUCUGAGUGAUAUUAAUCCAGAUUUCAAGACACAAACAUUACAAACGACACUUGAAAAUGGGGAUACUAUCUUGCUGCAAGAUUUGUCAGAAUUUGGGGAUGGAAAGGCUCUCCAAUUGGAAUUGGAUCCAGCUACAUUUGUACAAGCUGAAGAUCCUGCUACUGAAAAUGUAGAAAAUACAUAUUCGCAGGUGGAAUUUAUUAAUGGCACUGCUUACAUGGUGGCUGGUCACGUGGAUGUAGACGAAAAUUUAUGGGAAAUUGAAGAUGGAAAGUUAAAGAAAAAAGAUCCUAAGAUUUUAAUCAACAAGCUGUCUGACACAAAAGUCAGAUACCCUUGUCCCAGAGAGGGAUGUUCAAAGGUUUACAGCACACCUCAUCAUCUCAAGGUCCACGAACGUUCGCAUACCGGCCACAGGCCAUACAGAUGUAAUCAUCCAAAAUGUAAAAAGAGUUUUUCAACCGGCUACAGCCUGAAAGCACAUUCACGAACGCACACGGGAGAGAAACCGUAUAAAUGCACGAAUGGAGGUUGUAACAAAAGUUUCAAGACAUCAGGUGAUUUGUUAAAACACGUGAGAACUCACACUGGUGAACGUCCCUUCGUGUGUCCAUUUAACGGUUGUGGCCGAUCGUUCACCACAAGUAAUAUUAGAAAGGUUCACGUAAGGACACACACUGGUGAGCGACCAUACAAAUGCACGCAACCGAUGUGUGGUAAAGCAUUCGCCAGUGCAACAAAUUACAAGAAUCACAUACGUAUACACUCAGGCGAGAAGCCUUAUGUUUGUUCCAUAGAAAACUGUGGUAGAAGGUUUACCGAAUAUUCUAGUCUAUAUAAACAUCAUCUUGUACAUACACCACAACGACCAUUCGAAUGCACACUAUGCUCCAGGAAGUAUCGUCAGAGUAGUACGCUGAUAAUGCACAAGAAAACAGUUCAUGCAUUAGUCGAUAGUGACGACGAUGCCGAUCCUUCUUUGCAAGAUUCUCUUGAAUCUUCUAGUCAGAAUAAAAAUAUACAGAAGGUAGUGAAAGAAACUCAGAAGUUAUUAGCGAAAGAUAAGCAGAUCCAGAUUUCUAAAAUGACCGAUGAUACAAACGAAAAAGAGCCACAAAUUUUGUUGGUAGGCGAUUCUUCGCAAAUUGCUGCAUUACAAAAGAUCGAUUUGGAUGAAAGUUUUGAUGAUCCUGGCAUCGAUACAUUCGAAGGAUUAAAUAUAAAAAUCGAAGACAUAGAAUUUGGAUGGAACUAAUGCAGUCAGAGAGGAACACGUGACGUAUGUGCGCAACAAAAUUUUAAGCAUUGAAUGCCACUUCGUAUGUGUGAGAAAAGUCUUAAACAUUACAUGUUAAUCUUGUUAAUAUUUAUGAAUGUGCUUUUAAUACCAGAGCGAAAUCAAAUGAACAAAUGAAACUUAAAAAUAAUAUCAAAUGAUGAAUUGCAGAGUGACAAGUUGCAAGCUGAAAUUUAAGUUUCUUAUCAAUUUUAUAAAUCUAUUAGACAGAAAUAUAGAAUAGCGCAUCAAUGAUUUUUUUACAAUAACGAAUAAUAAUUGAUGACAAUUUUCAUUAGCUUAAAGAUCAUGAAGAUUGAUCCGAUGUGACGGAUUACAUUUCUAAUCAACAGAUAUAAUAAGAUGCUAAAAAAGAUUUUUAGAAGAUAUAUUUUUCAUUUUUGCAUCGAAUUUAAUGAUCCGGCGAAAUUGUAUAAUCGUCGAUUCAUUCUCCGAACGUUAGCGAGGAAGGUAAGAUUUACUUUAAAAAAGAAUACAUAUAUACAAAAGAGAUCAAUGUUUAUACAAUAUUUGAUUACGUUUACGAACUAAAGUAGUGCCUUAUCUAAAAAUGUGAAUGAAUCUUGAACAGUGCUGUGCAGAAUUUUUAGUUUUAGAUUUAAAAUUGACAUUUAUCAAUGUUUGAGUCCAAAACUACAAAUCUUAGAUAAUAUUCAUAUAUAAUAUAGUGUGUUUGGUGAGUUUUUAUGAGUUUUUAGUAGACAGAAUCAAAGUUUUUUUAUUUCUUAUAUAUAUAAAUGCAACAUUACUAGCUAUUGUUUUGAAAAGAAAUUGAUUUAAGCAAGUUAAGCAAGUUUUUAAAAAUAAAAAUGAGCCAGGAAAGACUUUAUACGUUACAUAUAAUAAUAAUUUAUGAAUUUCGAAAAAGAAAUAUUCGAAAGCGAAAAAAUAUUUAUAACAGAUAUUGUGUGUGUGGAUGGAAUUCUUGUCAACUUCAACCUGCGAAAGAUGAUUUAUUAAAUUUAAAAACGAGGUAAUUUCAAUCUAAAUAUCAAAUGACAAACCAUGUUUUAAACAUCUGAUAUUAACAAUAACAAUAUGCAAAAUAAGUGAGUACACUCACAAAUUUUAAUAAAAAAAGUUACAGGUAAUAUAAACAUUAAUAAAUCAAUCACCUUUCAGUAUUAAAAAAAUUACAACAUCUAUUGAAAACAUCCCAAUUUUUCACUCACCUAAUAUAUACUAUAUUACAUUUUGUCUAUCUGUAAUUAUCGAGCGUGGUAUUGUAACAUUUUUCUGUAAUAAUCUAAAUCUUUUUUAUUUCCAAAAUUAUGGACUACAGAAUUAUGGAGUUCGUAUUUUUUAUAGCCAUUUUAUUAAUUUAAAAUAAAAAAAUUAACAGACUCAGUUUUAUUAACACUUGCUUUAUUAGCAGUUGUUUUAUAUUGUAUUCAGUUUUAUUAGAACAAGCUAACUUAUAGUCUUGUAAGCAAUUUGUAAAUUACAUUAUCAUGUAAUUCUAUUUUGUUUUCAGAAAUUCUAUGAGUCUGAGGCAUUUUAAUUUUAUGAUAUAUGCAAUAUAAAAUUAUUAUUUUAUUUUUUUAAUACUUCGCAGAUAGUCAAAUCUGUUGGAAACCGAUUUUACAAAGAGUUUGCUUAAACAAAUCUUGUUAGCAAAAUAUAUUAGUAAAUAUAUAAUAAAAUACAAUAAUAAAUUAAUCAUAGAAUCUGUCAUUAACAGAUGUUAUGGUAAGUCUGGAACACUUCGUAUAUAUGUAUAAAAUAAAUAUUAUAUUUUAGUUUAUUUAAAAGUUAAAAUGCUAGAUUUUUUUCUACCAGUAAUUUGCUAUGUCAAGAAUCUGCUGAAAGAUUAACGUGAGCUUAUUGUGUACGUAGUUUGUGUCAAUUUGCCUUAAUAUCCUGUUUAAAUUUACUGGCAAACUGCUAGUAUAUUGCUAAUAUUUUGCUUAACUGAUAUUUUUAAUUGAUAAUUUUAUUGUUGCACUGUUGAAUUAUUUCUUAAAAUCAAAUUAAAAAAUAUGUAUUAUUUAUCUAUCAAACUUGCGAUGUCGAAUCUUGUCAGUUUAAACUGCGAUUGCAAAUGUUUUUUUCAUGUCGUUAAAUAAGACUGUAUAAAUCAUAGCUUAAUUGAAUGUGUGUGAAAAGAAGUGUGUGUGUGUGUGUGUGUGUGUGUGUGUGUGUGUGUGUGUGUGUGUGUGUGUGUGUGUGUGUGUGUGUGUGUGUGUGUGUGUAAAAUAAAGAAUUUUGUUGUGAUUAAUAUUAUAUUAUGGUGUGAGGUAAUAUAAAAAUAUGAACACUACAUUAAAAUAUGUGAUGACAUUAUAAUGAUGAAUAUAAUAUUUGUAUUGUAUACAAAUGUUUGAAGAAGAUCAAGAAAAAUAUAUGUAUUAAGUUUUGUACCUUUAUUUUUCCGAGAAUUAAAUUGUUUUUUUGUAAGUACAUACUAUGAAAUAAGUUUUAACAAAUUUGAUAAAAAUAUUACUUGAUCCUAAGUUCGAAACCA